AUGGCGGGUGCAUUCGGUGGAUUUGGGGAUGAUGAGGACGAUGUUUUGGCCCCAAAAGAGCCUCAGGUUACAUCACAGGACCCAGAGGAACGGAAAGCUGGUCGAGCAUUACGAAUUAAAAGAAGACAAGAGGCUCUUAAAAGAGCCGAGCAACUUUCGGAAGUAACGUUUAAAGAAGAAGAACCAGGACCAAUCGAGCAAGCGACUAGUUCUGCUGCUGAAGAACUUCAACGUCUUGCCUUAGAUGGAACUGCGAAAGUCACUAAUGUUAAAGUUACGACUGAUGAACGAGAAGUUAUACGCAGAACAUUGUUUUCCGAUAAAAUGUUAGCUUCCUUGGCAAAGAUAGAAGAAGAAGCAGCAGAUGCCCAAAUUCAGUACGAUGCAAUUACCGCUAAUUGGGAUAUUAUGCUUGAGAUAAAAGAUCCUUUGGACAUAGAUGCGGCAAUAAAAGAACAAAGAAUAAAGUGCCAAGAGCUAUUAGAGCAGAAAGAUAACUUGAUAGCUGAAUUAAAACAGGACCUCAACCGCAUGGACGUGGGAUACUAUGAAGAUUUAGAAAAACAGGAUAAAGACAUAAAAGAACUUUCCGACAGAAUUGAAAAGCAAAUAACAAUUAUGCAAAGAGCUUACGAAAAGCAACUGUUUUUAAUUGAACAAGCAAUUAACAUAGAGCGUGAGGUAAUGGUAGACCAUAAUAAUAAAAGAUGGGAAGCACUAUACAAACAACGAGAUAAAGAAGAAGUAGCUCAUUUGGAGUUCAAGUUUGAGCAGCUUGAGGAACACAAACUAGAGAUUGAGGCUAUCAUGUGGGACCAUCAUGCCAAAUAUAGAGAAGCCAAAAUAGAACUCGAAACUCUUAUCCAAGAACUACAAAAAGAAUUAGAAAAAUUGAAAGCCACCUGUAUAAUAAACACAGAAAAGAUCGGAUACAAUUAUCAGGUUCUUAAAAAACGUGAAGAGGAAAAUGUUUUCGUUCGUUCGCAACAAAAACGAAAACUCAACAAGAUGUCAGAUGUGGCGAACACGCUUCGUUCUAAAAUACGAAAGGCCGCUGAAGACGGGGCUAUAGAGGAGAUAAAGGCGAACGCAGAGAUCGUCAGCUUGAUGCAGGCGAUGGAAGACCUGGAAAAGAAGUGCCGGCAUUUCUCACACGUGAACAAUUACAAGUUCAGUCAGGUGUGGCGUAUGUGUGGUUCGCGGUGUGCUGGUCUUGCUCGGCGAGUACGCAGCGCUGAAACAGCUCUUCACGCGCACGUACUAGCUGAACCACCUCCUCCGCCCCCACCACCUCCACCAAAGAGUCCAUUAUCUAAAUAUGAGAAUGAAAUUCCUGUGAAAGACAUCGCUGCUCUACAGAGCAAAGAAGUGGGUGAUCCCAAAAAUAUGGCUACCGCUGAGGCAAAGGAUAGAUUGGUACGCCACAUUCUUCAACUAGUAGCAGACAACACAGGUUUCUUAGUUGAAGACCGUCUAUUGAAACUUAUUGAGAAAUAUCCUUUAACGUCCAGAAAUCUUUGCACAUUGGAUUCUAUAUUUAUGGCAUUGGAGAUUCAAGCGGAGGAAGAUAUCGAAUUAAUGUGUAAAAUUUUUCUCAAUUAUGCGUUUUGUCCAAUAUGCAUCGGUAUGGAAGAACAUACGUCCGAUAUGAUGGAACAUUCAACAACGGGGAUAGAAUCCCAAGACGACACUCACCGUGUAAGUGUCUGUGCUAAAGGUAGAGGGGAAAGAAGUUCCUCAACUCGUGCACGUUCUAGUGUUGUUAGAAGUAUUUCGGCGAGCACAUCUCGGUCUGUUCACGUAGGAUUUAGAGGGGCUGAAUCUUUGUCAUCUACCGACCAACUUCUGAUAGCCGAAGCUGACGCAAUCUUACAAAAAUGUGGCGAUCCUAAAGUAAGUACGUGUCCUUCAGAGAGCGCUUCAGAAGCAGGCGGAUCAGCUCGACGUCGAGGAGUCACUGUCUCCCAAACACCAGCCUUAGUCACCACACGUACAAACAAUCCCUUCCUAUGCCCUGUUGGGCAUUAUCUAGAAAUUGAAUCAAUGCAAGUAUUAACAGCACUUAAUGAAUUUAUGUCAGUGUUUGUUCCACCAGAGAAAAGAAAAUUAUAUAAUAUUCUGGACAGUGUACAGCCACCGGAUUUCACAACACCAUCACGUAAAUUAACAGCUCAAGAAAUAGAUCAGUAUUGGUCACAGUGGAAAAACCAGUUUCCUCCUGAAAAAGAUCGCUUUUGGGACGGAUUACUCUCUGGUCUCAAUAAUUAUUUAUCUAUACUACAAGAACGGGAACGGAUUCAUAACGAGGUGUCCCAGUUACGAGCUCGCAAUACGGCGCUUCGACGUUUGGUUCGUGGUGCACUACCAGAUCUGCCCGCACGUCCUGCGCCUAGCCGUGCCUUCACCGCACCAGUGCCUGAUCUCGCACCUCCGCCUUAUAAACUGCCGCCCAUUUGA